GCCCUCGCCCGUAUCUCUCUUUCUCUUGGCAUGCCUCGACCGUUCAGUCCGCAUCCAGCACGGCGGGCCAGCCCUACCGUGCAGCCAGUGAGUGUGGUUUGUUGUUGGAGCACUCUCUCCUUUCACGAGUGUGUGCGUUUUUUUUUAUUCUUCCUCCCGUUUUUCACCCUUCCCGGGACUGCACCCUUGGCCACUGUGCAGGGAGGCAAGAUAGUGCGGAGUUUAUCUGCAAACCUUUUGCGCCCGUCCAGUCCGGCCCUGGGCACACGGUGCGUUUUCUUUGCGUUUUUGGUUUGUAUUUUUUUUUCGGGGCGGACACUCUACAAUCAGCCAAUUUACUGCUGCGUGCCAUAAUUGCGUGACACUUGCGCGGAGAGGAAGAUAUUCUGUCCCUCCUGUGACGGAGCGCGGGCCGGUCCGGAGCUCCUGUUUUUGCUGGCUGGGCACGUUCCUCCGCUCCGAUGGCACCAAGGAACCAAGAAGCAAUGAGUGAGUAAUACACGCGUACGUGUGUGUCCGACAACGAGAAGCAAUUUAUCAACACCAAAAACAAACCCCACACCAUGGACAACCCGUUCGAUCUGCACGACAAAGAGUCCGCCACGUCCGGUGCCUUCCUGCUCCCGACGGACAGCGAAAUCCUCGAGGGCUUCCUGUGCCCCGUGUGCAAGCGCGAUCUGCGCACGCCGGAGCGGCUCACCGUGCACGUCGAGCACGAGCAUUCCGAGGAGCAGGAUCUGCUGAAAUCGCUGAGGGAAAUCUUCAGCCUCGCCCGGCAGGGCAUACUGAAGGGCGGCAAGCGGAAGCCGGCGGGCCAGCAGGGCAACCAGCAGCAGGGGGCGGAGGGUAGCGAACCGUCGCCGCCGUCCCGAUACGGGGCCGAGUCGGGCGUGGCGGUGGGCAGCGCCGGUGCGGCCAACAAUCCGCUGCUGCAGCCGGGCAGCCAGCAGCCGGCCGGCUGCACCUGCGAGCACAUGGCGUACUUCCGGGCGGUGCGCAGCCCCCGGCUCGAGCGGUACGCGGCCGAAACGAACAAGCUGAUCAUCCGGCUGGACAAGCUGCUGGACGGGCUGCCGGCCGACCCGGACGGCAGGAAGCGGCACGAGCAGAGCAAGGUGCCGUGGAUCGACGGCAAGCUGGUGAAGCUCUGCCCGACCUGUGCGCGCGGCUUCGGGCUGACGCGCCGCCAGCACCACUGCCGCGUGUGCGGCUCGGUCAUGUGCGACGGCUGCUCGCGCUUCCUCACGCUGGAGGAGGCGGGCCGGCUGGUCAACCCGACCGUGGCCAGCCCGGCCGGGGGCGCUCCCGCCGCCGAGCCGGACCAGCCGGGCGAGUCGAGCCACUUCCGGGUGUGCGAGCACUGCAUGCGCCUGCUGCUGGUGCGGAUGGAGAUGCAGGACUGGCGGCGGGAGCGGCCACUGCUGCGCCAGUACUACGAGGCGCUGGAGCGCGAGCGCACCGACAUCGAGCCGCACAUCGGCAUGUACCGGCGCAUCCUGGACAGCCUGUACGAGGGCGACGUCAUCUACCGGCUGUCGGACGCGUCGGCGCUGCGGGAACGGAUUGGCCGGUCGGCGGAGAAGCUGGACGGCGUGAGCAAGAGCCUGCAGACGCUGCCGACGGCGCCGGGCAGCCGGGAGGAGGCGCUCAAGAAGGCGAUCCGGCUCGGCUGCAUCGCGUACAUCAAGGAGCGGAUGCUGUCGAUCCCGCCCCUGCCGGUAGAGGACGAGAUCAAGCGCAUCCAGGCCCGCAAGCGGACGGACACGGAGCGGCGGCUGGAGCGGGAGCGGCAGCUCGCGCUCGAAGCGUUCGAGCGGCUCGAGCUGCAGGCGGGCGGUGGUGCCGAGCCCGGCACCGACCGGCAGAACGGCAGCUCGUCCAGCUCGAGCACCGCCUCGACCGCCGAGAUGACGAACGGGCGGUACGGGGCGGCCGUCUCGACGAUGGACAACUGGAGCGGCACGCAGGCGCACGGGACCGGCGGCACCUCCGAUCCGCUGAUCGACCAGAUUAACAUCGUGAAGGGGUACAUCCGGCAGGCGCGGGCCGCCCUGCGCUUCGAGGAGGUCGCCACGCUCGAGCGCAAUCUGAGCGAGCUGACGCAGGAGUUUUACCACCGGCAGCGGCAGGACACGGACACCAAGCAGCCGGAAGCUUCGUAAACGAGGACACUGGAAGGUGUCCUUCGGGAGAACCAUAUAGUCAGGUGCUUUAAAGGAAAGCAAAGUGAUUACGGAACGGCACACCGAGUGCUGUUUAUUUAUUCCAUUAAAACAAGUUUAAAAAAAAAAGACCCAGUCCCGUCGUGGCUCAGCUGGCAAAUCAGUCUCGCGCGACAUUAGCAAGGGUUUAUGCUCCGUACCCAUACGCAGUGACUGCGACUGUGUCCUGCUACAUGAGUACACACCACCAACACGUCACUGAGAUAGCCAAGCCCAUCGUGUCGCUUAGGCCAGAGGCACACUGCACACCGACCGAGGUUGUUGUUGCCCCAAAUAGGAAGAAGAAGAAGAAGAAUAAAUUGAAUAUAUUAUUAUUAUUAUUAUUAUUUAAC